GUAAGACACGCCUCUGUAACUCAUCAUGUAACAGCAACACACUCAAGGUUACUGCCGUAUUACGGCACAUGCCAGAGGAAGAAUGGACUCACAUCUGACGAAUAUCGGUCGGCCAGUCACCAUCUGACAGGAUGCAUAUCGUUGAUUUUGUGUCUGGAUCAUUGGCAGGAGCAUGUGGAGUUGCAGUGGGUUACCCUCUGGACACUCUGAAGGUCCGGAUCCAAACCCAGAAACAGUUCACUGGAAUAUGGCAGUGUGCAGUAGCGACAUUUUCAAAAGAAGGGGUGCAUGGCUUCUUCAAAGGCAUGUCCCUACCCGUUACCACAAUCUCUAUGACUUCCUCAGUGGUGUUUGGCACAUACAGGAACUGCCUGCAGUGUCUGAUUCAGGCACGAGGAGGUGGUUGUGGGAACACCAAGCUAGACGUAUUCCUGGCCGGUAUGGCGGGGGGUAUAGCUCAGAUAUCGGUGAUGUCUCCAGGUGACAUAGUGAAAGUACGUCUGCAGUGUCAGACAGAGUCCAAGCGAGGAAGAACCAACAUGCCCAAACCCAAGUACCAUGGCCCAGUUCACUGUCUGCUGAGAAUUAUCAAAGAGGAGGGGUUCAUGGGGCUCUACAGAGGAUCGCUCCCACUCAUGCUUAGAGACGGGCCGUCAUACGCCACAUACUUCUUGACUUACACAACCAUCUGCGAAUAUCUGACAGAUAGUGGCAAGAAAAGACCAGAUUUAAGUGGUGUGAUGCUAGCCGGGGGAAUUGCAGGAAUGGCAGGUUGGACAAUAGGAACACCUAUGGAUGUGAUCAAAGCCCGUCUGCAGAUGGAUGGAGCUCGGGAGACAAAGCAAUACAAGGGUUUCUAUCACUGCAUCACAGAGACAGUGAGGGUGGAGGGAGUAGGAGUGUUCUUCAGGAGCUUAGGAAUUAACUGUCUGCGUGCGUUCCCCGUCAACAUGGUGGUGUUUGUUACAUACGAGGUUCUCACCGGUUACCUCCAAGCCAGACCUGACAGCACCGACCCUCCUCGUUUAGGGUUUGAGUAGUAUUUGCUACCUCCAGUAGUUGGUCUGUCUGUGUUUAAGGCUGAUGUUUGUUUUACAUUUGACAAAGACAUUUGGCAAGAAAAUGUCUGAUUCAUUGCAAUAUUUCUAAUAAUUGAUUGUUUGCACUUUUAUCAUGCAAGCCGUCUGUUACAUGUAUAGUUAGGAAUUAGGUAGGGUAAUGUUUCCUAAUCUACUCAGGAGUAUUGUCAGUAUGGGCACUGUUGUUACCAUAGAUUGGACCAGCAACAAUCUGGCCACUAGAUGGCCCCCUUGGCCAGCAUAAUAUCUUUUUUCUCUUCUUCUGCUCUAUAAAAGAAUCAAGAAAACCGUCUACAAGACUGGGGUAGUUUUUGACUACAACAAGAAAUCUCAACAGUUUUAGACUGUUGUAUUAGACUGCAAAAACUUAAGCUAUGUAUAUUCUAAUUUCAAGACCUUUUAAGGCCUUGAAAUUAGAAUUUAUGAAUAGUCUGCAGCACGCACAAUUUACAGCAACAAGCAUAAUAGCCACCCAUGCCCAUGCAGCAUGUAUGCACGUUAUAACCUCCAUGCCGUCUUAUUCCCAGCUCAGGAGCAAAAUGGCAAAGCUGGAUAAUCAUAAGUUGAUAUAUUGUAAACCUUGAUGAACUGGAUUUAUGGAAGUACUUUUCUAUAGAUGGAAUUAUAAUAAGAAACUGGACUCAGUGGAUAAUCAGGUUCUGGCUAAUGUCUGUAUAUUAGUGUAACAGUCUGCAAAAGUAGCUGCUGUUAUGGCUAAUGUUGAAGUCCUCAAAGCUAAUACAUGCACAGUAUAUCAACUCUUAUUCCAUCCUACUCUUGAACAUUUUAAUCACUGCUACUGACACGUGCCGGCAUUUUAAGGUCAGAGUUUUGGUUUCGGACUGUAAAAUCAUGGUUCUUCCACCAGGGAAAACAUGUGCGAAUAAUGUUUCUUGUAAUUUAUUUAAUUAUUGUAAUGUAUGAUUAUAACAUGCUUACUGUGCCUUCCAUAAUAAAAGUAUUUCUACAAAUUAUAAAAUA